AUUGGAUUUUGUAUGGAAUACAAAAAUGGCACCAAAUAAUUCUGAUUAUUUGGAAUUAGCCCAUAAAAGAGCUAUCGAAAAGAAAACUCAUGUAAGCUUUCCCCAACUUAAGUAUCCAUCGUUGAGAGACGAAGGAUUAAAAGAUCCAGUGCAAUGGCUAAAAGGAAAAGCAAUGGACGAUGGUGCUGAGGGUUUGUGGCGAGUGCACGAUAGAUUGUAUGAUUUAACGGAAUUUGUUCAGAAUCACCCAGGCGGGGCGGAGUGGCUGGAACUUACAAAGGGUACUGAUAUUACUGAGGCAUUCGAAUGUCACCAUAUAAAAACAAUUGCAGAGAAAAUCUUACAAAAUGUUUAUGUAAGAGAUGCCAAAACACCAAGGAACUCUCCCUUUACGUUUAAAGAGGAUGGCUUUUUUAAGACAUUGAAGAAAAACGUACGGGAAGAACUCGAGAAAAUACCAAAAGAUACUCCGAAAUACACUGAUAUGAUUACAGAUGGAUUGCUAAUAACUUGUCUCUUAACAUCGGCGUUGUCAUGUUCGGCGACUAAUUAUUGGCUUGUAAUGGCGUCCUAUAUUGUAGCAUCUGUUUCACUUGCUGGGUCUGUGGUUGCGUCACAUAACUAUAUUCAUAGAAGAUCUAAUUGGAGAAUGUACAUUUUCAAUUUAAGUUUAUGGUCUUACAGAGAUUUUCGAGUGAGUCACGUACUUUCACAUCAUCUUUACCCGAAUACUUUGAUGGAUUUGGAAAUUAGUGCCUUUGAACCAUUGAUUAAGUUUAACCCAAGAAGAGAUAAACCAUUUUACGCCAAGUUUACGAUUUUAGUGGAAUUUCUAACUUUUCCGCUUUUUUUUAUAUACAAUUUCAUAAGAAGGUUUCUCCUUAACUUUUUAUGCGAAGGAUUUUUUGAAAAUCAUUAUCGUUGGCACGAUGGCGUGGGAUUCUUGUUACCUGCCUGGAUGUAUCUCAUUAGUGGAGCUAGUUUGUACGAUGUAUUUAUUAUGUGGCUUUGGAUAAUUUGUACGGGAAGUUUAACCUUUUUCACGAUCGGAUCAAAUGCUGCACACCACCAUCCGAAAAUAUUUAAGGACGGCGAUCAAAUCAGUGAUGUUACACCAGACUGGGGCAUGCAUGAACUAGAAGCUGUUAUGGAUCGACCUGACAUCAAUGACAAUCAUUUCAAAGUGAUGACUUUAUUUGGACACCAUGCACUACAUCAUCUAUUUCCAACUUUAGAUCACGCUGUCUUAAAAUAUUUAUAUCCAGUGUUUUUAGAAAACUGUAAGAAGUUUCGAGCGAAUUUCCGAUUAACAUCACAGUUAGACCUCUUCCUUGGUCAAAUUAAAAUGACUCAUAAAACAGAACCAGCACUUCUUAGUGAAAGAAAAUAAGAGUGUUAUGAAUAAAAUUAUCUUUAAAAUAAAUAUAAUUCA